UCAGAGUCCCGGCCUUAAACCUCCCUCCAUACUCUCUGCAGAAGUUACGAUGGUUGUGAUGGAAGACGACGCUGCUUUGCCUGAUGAUUUUUUGAAGGAAAAGGGUUUGAAUAUGGACAAGCAAGCCCUUGCUGCACCCGUGAAGAAAGCUGUCGACAAGUUCCAAUUGAUUCCUGAAUUCCUAAAGGUGAGAGGUCUUGUAAGGCAGCAUCUGGACUCCUACAAUUACUUUGUGACGACGCAUAUAAAGAAGAUAAUUCAAGCCAAUAAUCUUAUUACCUCUAGGAUCGACCCUAGUAUUUUUCUGAGGUAUCGUGAAGUUCGCAUUGGUGAACCAGUGGCAAUGAUUAAUGGCGUCAAUGAAAAACUUACUCCUCACAAGUGCCGGCUCUAUGACUUGACCUAUACUGCUCCAAUAUUGGUGAACAUAGAGUAUUCAACAGGAAAGUCAAACGCUAUCCAGAAGAAGUCGGACAUCAUUAUUGGGAGAAUGCCCAUCAUGUUAAGAAGCAGUUCUUGCAUCUUGCAUGGGAAAGAUGAAGAAGAACUUGCGAGAUUGGGUGAAUGUCCGCUUGACCCUGGAGGAUAUUUUAUCAUUAAAGGAACAGAGAAGGUGAUUUUGAUACAAGAACAACUUUCAAAGAACAGAAUAAUCAUUGAUACCGAUAAGAAAGGCUUUGUGCAAGCAUCUGUUACAAGUAGUACAGAGGUAACGAAAAGUAAAACUGUUAUAAAAAUGGAGAAAGACAGGAUAUAUUUAUACCUGAAUCAAUUUACAAGCAAGGUUCCUAUCAUGGCAGUUCUAAAAGCAAUGAACAUGGAGAAUGAUCAAGAGGUCAUCCAGAUGAUAGGAAGAGAUCCUCGGUUCGGUGAAUUUCUUUGGCCUUCAAUUGAGGAUUGUAUGAAGGAAGGUGUAUACACACAACAGCAGGCCCUUGCGUUCCUUGAACAGAAGGUUAAGAAGCUGCCGUUUUCUACGCCAAAUGAUAAGGAAGGGCGUGCUCUCAGCAUCCUACGGGAUAUAUUUCUCGCCAACAUACCAGUGCAUCAAAAUGAUUUUCAACCUAAGUGCCUGUAUGUAGCUGUAAUGUUGAGACGCAUGAUGGAGGCUAUCUUGAACAAGGAUGCGAUUGAUGACAAGGAUUAUGUUGGAAACAAAAGGUUGGAGCUAUCUGGCCAGUUAAUAUCUUUGCUUUUUGAGGACUUAUUCAAAACAAUGAAUGAUGAAGCUCGCAAAACUAUUGAUAACGUAUUGGCUAAACCAAGUCGCUCCAGUAGGUUUGACAUUUCUCAGUAUAUAAUGAAAGAUAGCAUUACUGUUGGUCUAGAACGAACUCUUUCUACUGGGAAUUGGGAUGUGAAAAGAUUUAGGAUGCACCGAAAAGGCAUGACACAGGUUGUAGCUCGAUUGGCAUAUAUCGCAGCAUUAGGUUGUAUGACAAAGAUCUCCCCACAAUUUGAGAAAUCAAGAAAAGUUAGUGGACCUAGAGCUCUGCAACCCAGCCAGUGGGGAAUGUUAUGCCCCUGUGAUACUCCAGAAGGUGAAGCUUGUGGGUUGGUGAAAAAUCUAGCGUUAAUGACUCAUGUCACAACUGAUGAAGAUGAAGAGACUCUCCUUAAAAUUAUCCAUUCUUUUGGAGUGGAAAAGUUGGAGACUGCUUCUUGUGAAGACCUUCACAUGCCAAAUACCUAUCUGAUCAUUUUUAACGGUCUUAUUCUUGGGAAGCAUCGGAGACCACAAAAAUUUGCUAAUGAAAUGAGAAGAUUGAGAAGGUCUGGAAAAUUUGGAGAAUUUGUGAGCAUUUUUGUGAAUGAAAAGCAGCGCUGUGUUUAUAUUGCUUCUGAUGGUGGUCGUGUAUGUCGCCCCCUUGUAAUAGCUGACAAAGGUGUAUCAAGGAUUAAAGAACACCACAUGAAGGAGUUGCGGGAUGGGGUUCGCAACUUUGACAGUUUCCUGAAAGAAGGCUUGAUAGAAUAUCUUGAUGUCAAUGAGGAGAACAAUUCCUUGAUUGCGUUGUAUGAAGAGAACGCUAACGAAGAAACAACCCAUAUUGAAAUAGAGCCACUUACCAUACUGGGUGCAUGUGCUGGAUUGAUCCCUUAUCCUCAUCAUAACCAGUCACCAAGAAAUACUUAUCAGUGUGCUAUGGGAAAACAAGCUAUGGGUAACAUCGCAUAUAAUCAGUUAUGGAGAAUGGACACUUUACUCUACCUGUUAGUCUAUCCACAACGACCAUUGUUGACAACCCGAACAAUUGAGCUGGUCAACUAUGAUAAACUUGGAGCUGGACAAAAUGCAACUGUUGCAGUUAUGAGUUAUAGCGGAUAUGACAUAGAGGAUGCAAUAGUAAUGAAUAAAUCAUCUUUGGACCGUGGCUUUGGUCGAUGUAUAGUUAUCAAAAAAAUGUCAGCUAUUAAGCAGAAGUAUGAAAAUGGCACAUUUGAUCGGUUAGGUCCACCAAAGAGAGAAGGCUAUGAAGCUGAAAGAAUGCAGAUUUUAGAUGAUGAUGGAUUAGCAGCCCCUGGGGAAAUCAUUCGACCUAAUAACAUUUUUAUCAACAUGGUGUCACCAAUAAACACUAGGGGACAUGUCACAUCUCCGAACCUUCUUCCUAGUGAAUACAAGCCAAGCACACAGAAAUACAAAGGUCCUGAAGGAGAGACGCCUGUUGUAGAUAGAGUGGCUCUCUGCUCUGACAAAAAUAAUAAUUUAAGCAUCAGAUUCAUGAUUCGCCAUACUAGAAGACCAGAGCUUGGUGACAAGUUCAGCAGCCGCCAUGGGCAAAAAGGAGUUUGUGGUACCAUCAUUCAACAGGAAGACUUCCCCUUUUCGGAACGUGGAAUAUGCCCUGAUUUAAUCAUGAAUCCCCAUGGAUUUCCAAGCCGAAUGACUGUUGGAAAGAUGAUAGAACUUCUCGGUAGCAAAGCUGGAGUUUCCUGUGGUAGGUUUCAUUAUGGAAGUGCUUUUGGAGAGCCUAGUGGUCAUGCGGAUAGAGUUGAGGCUAUAAGUGAAACCCUUGUGAAGCAUGGUUUCAGCUACGAUGGAAAAGACUUCCUCUACUCGGGCAUCACAGGGGAGCCUUUGCAAGCAUAUAUAUUCAUGGGUCCAAUUUAUUACCAAAAGCUGAAGCACAUGGUCUUAGACAAAAUGCAUGCUCGUGGAAAUGGACCCCGUGCUAUGAUGACUAGACAACCUACAGAAGGGAGGAGUAAAAAUGGAGGUUUGCGUGUGGGAGAGAUGGAACGUGAUUGCUUAAUUGCGUAUGGAGCCAGCAUGCUGAUAUACGAACGUUUGAUGAUUUCUAGUGAUCCUUUUGAAGUUCAGGUUUGCCAGAAAUGUGGUCUUUUGGGGUACUACGAUUUUAAGCUAAAGAGAGGCAUCUGCAUGACAUGCAAGAAUGGACAGAAUAUGUCUACCAUGAAGCUACCCUAUGCUUGCAAGCUCCUAUUCCAGGAGCUCCAGUCAAUGAAUAUCAUUCCACGCCUAAAAUUAACUGAGGCUUCUUGAAACAAGACUUUGUUGAAAUAAUUGGACGCCUGAGACUUUAUGCCUACAAUUUCUAGGUAAAUACCAUUUCUGUUUUAAUCUUUUUUGUUUUGGUUUGGACCAUGAAUUUCAAACGAUAUACCAUGAAUAUACAUGACUUUUUAAGAAA